AUGAUCAACGCAGUUCUGGUCUUCAACGGCCAGGGCCAGCCUAGGCUGACCAAGUUCUAUACUCAGCUGGAAACAAGCAUCCAGCAGAGACUGAUCUCGGAGAUCUUCACUCUCGUCUCGAACCGAGCAGAUGGUGCCUGCAACUUCCUCCCUUUACCCCCACUCCUCGCCGCAUCAGGGACCUCCCAAUCCGCCUCAGAGCCUCACAACGACGUGCCCUCGCUCGUGACGUACCGGCACUACGCAACGCUAUACUUCAUCGUGAUAUCGACCUCGACAGAAUCGCCUCUGGCCCUACUCGACCUAAUCCAAGUGUACGUGGAGUCGCUAGACAAGCUGUUCGAGAACGUGUGCGAGCUGGACCUGAUCUUCAACUUCGAGACCCUGCAUGCGGCACUCAGCGAGAUGAUAGUUGGUGGCGUCGUCAUCGAAACGAAUCUCGACCGCAUUGUCUCUGGUGUGCGCGCCCAGGGCACCGUUGCGAAGAGACCCGUCAACGAGGCUAGGGGUUCCGGGUUGGCCGGCGGUCUGGGCAUGGGUGGUAACUUCGUCUGGCCUAGUCGGUGA